AUGCCUUGUCUUAAGUCUUCCCACGCAUUUUCCUCUUUCUGUGUUGUGUGUCUCACGUUUCAACAACCAGAAGAAGCUGUGAUGGGAAGGCUUGCACCAUUAUCUGAAGAACCCAUCAAUGAAGAAAAUGAAGGAAACAACAACUCAAAGAAAUGUCUUCAAUCAUGGAGAAACUGGAACUGGAUCAAGACUCACUUUUCCCUUGUCUUCAACAAGAAGUCUAAUCUCAAGAUCCUUCUAAGUGUAUUGGGUUGUCCUCUCUUUCCUCUUCCUGUCCACCCCAUAUUACCCCUCAAUGAGGCAAGCCCUUUCCUUCUUCUUUUUCUUUUGUUCUCACUCUUGUUUCUGAGUUCAAAUGCUCCAUCACCAUGCAAGAGAAGUAAGAUUGUUAUCUCCAAAGAAGAAUACCAGGUGUCAUCUUCGGCACAGUACAUUAUACAACACUUCAGGGCUGCAACAGGGUGUAGGAAGUUGGAGGGGACAGUGAAAAAUGUGUUCACAACAGGGAAAGUGUCAAUGGAUGUGGUUGAUGAACUUGGAUCCACCAGUGGUGGGGUUAAUUUGGAGAAAGGGUGCUUUGUGAUGUGGCAAAUGGUUCCAGAUAAGUGGCAGAUAGAGCUGGUUUUGGGUGAUCAAAAGGUUCUGGCUGGUAGCAAUGGUGCUAUUGCUUGGCGCCACACCCCUUGGCUCGGAGUGCACGCGGCCAAAGGUGGCGUCCGGCCUCUCCGCCGUGCACUUCAGGGACUAGACCCUUUGGCAGUGUCUGCUGUGUUCUGUGCAGCACAAUACAUGGGGGAAAAACAAAUCUCAGGCAUAGAUUGUUUUGUGCUAAAACUCUCCGCUGAUCAAAAGGACCUUGUUGAACGCAGUGACAACACAGCUGAGAUGAUCAAGCAUGCCAUAUUUGGUUACUUCAGCCAAAGAAGUGGACUUUUGGUGUACCUAGAGGACUCUUAUCUGACCAGGAUUCAAGCACCAGGGUCUCACCCCACAUACUGGGAAACCACAAUGUCAACAAAAAUUGAAGACUAUAGAAUUGUAGAUGGUGUGAUGAUUGCACAUGCUGGCUCAUCAACUGCACUUGUCACCAGGUUUGGGGAUAACCUGAAGGCUGGACCAGCCAUCACAAGGUUGGAGGAGUCAUGGACCAUUGAUGAUGUUGCAUUCAAUGUGCCAGGGUUGUCCUUGGACUGUUUCAUACCUCCUCAGGAACUGCAGAGAGAUUGGAGUUCAGAUGAUGAUCUAGAUUGGAAAUCAUCACCCUUGCAUAGAUGA